AUGCUCAACGAGGCAUCAGUAUUCGAUCUCAGCACCAAAUCACGCAAAAGUCUAGAUCCAUCGAUUUCGGGCGACAAAGAAGAUGAAGAUGAUGAAAAGCGUCGAUGUUUUCUCCUUCACGAAAUAGCCAAGGAAACAGAUGAUCGUCGGGAACUCCGAAAUCAAACUUUGCAUGUAUUCUUGGCAGGUCAUGAAGCUACAGCUAUUGGGGUUGGGAAUGCAAUCUUUUGGUUAUGUAGAAAUCAGGAGGUCUGGGAGAAAUUGAGGAGAGAGGUAUUGGAACACAGGGAGAAGGACGAAGGAUUAACAUUUGAGAGUUUGAAAGGGAUGAGAUAUUUACAAUGGUUUGUCAAUGAGACCCUCCGUCUCACCCCCAUAGCUCCAACCAUGACCCGUGGCGCUGUCCGCGACACCAUUCUCCCUCGCGGUGGCGGCCAUUAAGGAAUCUCCCCGAUUCUCGUCAAAACCGGUACCCUCAUUACACCCAUUACUUAGGUAUUCCAUCGUCUGGCACCCUGUUAUCAACCAGACCCCGAAGCGUUCAGACCAGAACGCUGGGGACAUUUGAGACCACGAUGGAAUUAUUUACCACUUGGAGGGAGAACCAGAAUAUGUGCGAGAAGAAAUCUAGGUUUAACGGAGAUGGCAUAUGUACUUGCGAGAUAAGUGUAGGAGUGGAAAGGGGUGGAGUGUAGAGAUGAAGUUGAGGAGUGGAUAGAGGAGAUCAAAUUGAGUGUAGAGAGUGGAAAUGGUGCUAAGAUUGGGGUGGAAUGGGCUUGAAAAGAGUAUUGGAGUAUUAUGGAAGAUGUGUAUGAUCUCAUCGAGGUUGUUAGCCUUGGAUGUGAGAUGAAGGCGCCAAAUCUCGAAUCCGCAUGCGAGUGAGUGUUUUGAACUUUGUAGAGAUUUUAUUUGUAGUGGUUGCCGGUGAAGGAAAUCAAACAAUCUUUAUACAAUUUCCGAGGCGAACUAUCCAGACU